GUGGGAAGCAGAAGUAUGGCGUUGGAGCUUUUCCUUGGCUAUGCUAGCCGAGAGCUCUGGAAAGUGGGAAAGCCGGGCAACGUCGGCACGAGGCAGAGAACCCGUGGCCUCGGGCGGCGCGAGGCCCCAACGCUGGACACGCUCUGCGCGGGCAGCGGCGGAACGCGCUUCCCGCGCUCUCGCGCUUGCGAGGGGGAGGGCGGAAGUGCCGGACCGGGGAGGGCGGAAGUGCCGGACCGGGGAGGGCUCAGCUUCUGGCGUCGGGGUCUUUACCACCGUCUGUGGGCUAUGGCGGCGGUCGUCCGGCAGGUGAGGUCGCGCCAGGUCUUUGACCGGCACUGCCUGAUCCCCCUCAUCUGGGCCCGUGUUGCUAGGCAGACUCCUCAUGUUGGAGAACAGAAAACGACGACUGCUGCUUUGUUGCGUAAACUGACCACAGCCUCCAGUGGAGGGGGCCUUGAGGACUUAUCCUGUUUUGAACCCGAAAAGUAUGUGCAGGAACCAGAGUACAGGACAAAUCUUACUCACUGCCUCCUUGAGAAGCAGAGGACUCCUGUGGAUCAAGGGUCCUUGGAGCGAGAGAAGGUCAUCAGUUCCCUCCUGGACAUGGGUUUCAGUGAUGUCCAUAUUAAUGAAUUGCUCAGUAUACAACCAGGUACCCACCCUCAACAGUUGUUGGACAUUAUUUCAGAAUUAAUACUCUUGGGUUUGAAUCCAGAGCCUGUGUAUGUGGCCUUGAAGAAAAGUCCUCAAUUAUUGAAAGUGCCUGUAAUGCACAUGAAGAAGCGCUCCAGUUACCUGCGAAAGCUUGGGCUUGAAGAAGGGAAACUAAAGAGGGUACUUCACUGUUGCCCUGAAAUUUUCAUCAUGCGUCAGCGGGACAUUGACAGCGUUGUCAGGGUUCUCAAGGAGAAGUGCCUUUUCACAGUGCAGCAGGUAACGGAGAUUUUACACAGAUGCCCCUAUGUUCUUCAGGAGGAUCCCGGUGCACUGGAGUACAAAUUCCAGUAUGCCUAUUUUAGGAUGGGGGUUAAACAUCUGGACGUGGUGAGGACCGACUUCCUGCAGUACCCCAUAACCAAGACCAAGCAGAGACACGUGUUCCUCGAGCGCCUAGGACGGUACCAGACCCCUGAUAAGAAGGGGCAGACGCAGGUCCCCAACCCUUUACUCAAGGACAUUCUCAGAGUUUCAGAAGCUGAGUUUCUGGCCAGGACAGCCUGUUCUUCUGCUGAGGAGUUUGAAGUUUUUAAGAAGCUCUUGGCUCGGGAGGAGGAAGAGGAGUCUGAGAGCCGCAUGCCUGAUGGAGAAAGUGCAAGUGUGGACAAGGAGGAGGAGGAGGAUGAAGAGGAGGAGGAGGAGGAUGAACUGUGAUGGGAGGACUGGAGUGAAAAGAGCCCAGAGAUAUCAGAGUAUUUUGAUUUUCUCAAGGCUUUUGGGAGCUUCACUUGGGUCUUCUCAGGUUUUCAUUCUAGAACUGGUCUUUUUUUUUGGUGAGGAAGAUUAGUCCUGAGCUGACAUCUGUGCCAAUCCUCCUCUUUUUGCUGAGGAAGUUUGGCCCUGGGCUAACAACCGUGGCCGUCUUCCUCUACUUUAUAUGUGAGAUGCCUGCCACAGCAUGGCUUGACAAGCGGUGUGUCCUUCUGCGCCCGGGAUCCCAACCUGUGAAGCUUCGGCUGCGGAAGCAGAGCGUGCCAACUUAACCACUACACCACUGGGCCAGCCCCUAGAACUGGUCUUUUGAUGAAAAAAUUAUUAUAAAUCACCUGAGAAGUAGACAGGUCAAACUAAACAGGAGAUGCGUUAGUUUGAUUUGUUGUCAGGUCUGUGGGGAGGGCACUGUUCCAUCCUGAAUAAUAGACUGACUUUGAGCGGUAAAAAUCAAGGACUCAAUACAUCAUUUGGUUUUA